AUGCAUGAUGAAAUAGCUGAAAAUUAUGGAUUGGAGACUACAAGGAUGCAAUUGUACAGAGGAAAGAGGAAAGCCAUGGAGACAAUUGAGGGUAAUCAUGCAAAGACUUACACCAAACUUCCAAUGCAUGCUGCAGAAGUGUUGAGGACCAAUCGUGGUAGUUUGGUCAAAAUUGAAAGGGAAAGAAAGCCAUCAUCUAAGCCAAACUUACCUCCUUUCCUACCAAUAUUCAAAAAAAAAUUUCUUUCAUUUGCAGCCAUACAACAUGGCUUUAAAGAAGGUUGCAAACCUUUCAUAGCUAUGGAUGGGUGUCAUUUGAAGGGACCAUUUGGGGGCAUAUUGUUAGCUGCAGUUAGUCUUGAUGGAAAUAAUGGUCUUUAUCCUAUUGCAAUUGUUGUGGUGGAGAGUGAAUGUAAGGAUGGUUGGGCCUUUUUCCUUUACCACUUGAACACCAUUUUUGGUAAUGGCCCCCAAAACAUGCCAUUGACAAUCAUGUCUAAUGGUCAAAAGGGCAUUGUGCCAGCCAUGAGACAAGUAAUACCCCAAGCAACUCAUAGGAGGUGCUGUAGACACAUUUUUAGCAACUUGAAAAGCAAAUUCCCUGGUUUAAAGAUAAAAAGAGCCUUUUGGGUUGUAGCUAAAGCUUACACUGUCAAGGAUUUUAACAUUGCAGUGGGACAAAUGUUGGAGUUAUCUUCCAAAGCACAUAGCUGGCUUUCUAAAUUUCUAGUUGAAAUAUGGGCAAGACACACAUUUGAUCAUAGGGUGAAGAGUGAACAUGUUACUAGCAAAAUGGUGGAGUCAUUUAAUAAUUGGAUUGGUAAUGUUAGGGGUAAACCUAUCUUGACACUGUUGGAAAUUAUCAUAAGUUACAUAAGAGGUUUGAAGAGGCCGCUUCAUGGCAAUCUUUGGUCAUGUUGUCACAAGAUAUGCGACAUAAGUGAAGUCCCUUGCAAGCAUGCAACAGCUUGCAUUACUCAUAAGAGGAUGAACUUGGAGACCUAUUGUGACACAAUGUACUACAAACACAUUUAUUUUAAGGCAUAUGGGGAAAUUAUACAUCCAAUGCAUGAUGAGAGUUUAUGGGGUCCAGUUCUUGGAGAUGAGUUGAAGCCUCCACUUCUUAAGAGGAUGCCUGGAAGACCUAGAAAAAGUAGGAGAAGAAAAGUUGAUGGGGCUGGACCAUCAAAAAGAUCAUGCACUGUGAGGUGCAUCAUUUGCAACCAGAUUGGGCACAAUAAGAGGAUAUGCUAG